AUGGUGUGGCCUGUGACCGCCCAGACCGGCGCGAUCCUAGCACAGCUCUCACCCGAGCCCUCCGGCUCUGGGUGGGUGUGGGAUCCCUGGGGCCGGACUGCCGGCGGGCUGGCCGCGGGCCCCGCCCCCUCCUUCAACUCCGGGACCCCGACGCUCUCCAGCGCUCGCUUGCUGUGCUCCAGCGAUCUGCGAGCCUCGGGGAGGCGAGGGGCGGGGCGGCGCGCGCGGAUCGAUGGGCGAAGCUGGGGAGGAAUUUCAAUCCCCGGAGCGAAGUUAGAGCUUGAAGGACGGCGGCGGUGGCGGCGGCGGCGGGCGCAGCCCCGGAGCGGCGGCCGGGCGAGCAGUGGAAGCUGCCUUGGUGACACCGUGUCCUGCACUUUGUCUGGACCCGUGCUCUCCCUCUGUGUCCUGAAACGAGGAUGUGAUGCCUACGACCCCCUUGGGGAGGAACACACCAGCCUGGUCUUCUCAGACAGGCCAGGUCAUCGGCAGGCCCUGAUCCGGAGCAGGACCGGCUGGAGCUGGAGGACGCCCGGGCCGAUGGGGAAGGAGGCCCCGGUUCCGGCAGGACGCCGGCGGAUGGCGAGAGGCGGCUGGCCGUGAGGGAGGCGCUCCCCCCGCCCCCAGCACUCGGGCCGCCCGGCCAUGCGGCUCGGCCCGGUGCGCCCCUGAGAGCGCGGGCGCCCUCCCCUCCCGCCACCCC